ACCGCCACGGGAGUUGUAUUCACCGCACUAUACACGGCAUUUCUCAGAUAUCUUCCAUUCUUCCUCCUUAGUCUGUUGGUUCCAUUAUCGUAUUGAUCUGAGUUAUUCGAACGCUAAAAUGAGAAAACGCAGCGUUUAUGCUUGGUCCGUAGCUCUUAUUUGCUUCAUAGUACUCAUGAUUAUAACCCCAGCUAUUCCUCAGUCCCAAGAUUACCAUAAUUUCGCCGAUCAACGCACCUUUUUAGGCAUUCCUAAUGCACUUAAUGUCAUAUCCAAUUUCCCUUUUCUCAUUAUUGGUCUCAUUGGACUUGUACUUUGUCAUUAUGGGAACUACUUUAAGCUAAGCUUACAAGGUGAACUAUGGGGUUGGACAUGCUUCUAUGUUGGUGUGGCUGCUGUUGCAUUUGGAUCUUCAUACUAUCAUCUAAACCCAAAUGAUGAUACUCUUGUGUGGGAUAGGUUACCUAUGACAAUUGCUUUUACGUCAAUCAUUGCAAUAUUCAUCAUUGAGCGGGUUGAUGAGAGGAAAGGAAUGAUCUCUAUUGUACCUCUAGUUUUGGCUGGUGUAAUUAGCAUUGUGUAUUGGAGGUUCUUCGAUGACCUCCGUCCGUAUGCUUUGAUCCAAUUUGUACCAUGCAUUGCCAUUCCACUCAUGGCUAUUUUGUUGCCUCCAAUGUACACUCAUUCAACUUAUUGGCUCUGGGCUGCAGGAUUUUAUCUUCUAGCUAAGGUACUAGAGGCCACUGAUGAUGUCGUCUACAAAUGGACUUACCAUAUUGUCAGCGGUCAUACACUUAAGCACUUAUUUGCAGCAAUGGUUCCUGUCUUCUUGACAUUCAUGCUUGCAAAGAGGAGUUUGGAACUAGAGAGGCAAAGUUUGUAUACAAUAUGGAGGAUUUCCUGGACAAAGGUCAAAGAUGGAGACUCAAAUGUUGAGAGCUACACUUACUCCAGGGUGGAGGUUGAAGAGCCACAGUAAUGUCUGUCUACAUUUCCAUCAACCACAAGAAAUGCUUAUACUAGAUUAUUGCAGAAUAUCCGUAACACAUGAUCAUGGACUCAGUAGAACAAACCACAGUAAGCUAACUUUCAUACAACAUUAACUGUAAUUAGCUUAUAAUAUGUAUAGUUCCUGAUCCUUAUCAAAUAGCAAGGACCAUUUUAGAUCUGAAUGUGAUGUCUUGUCUAGUUCAAUAAUGGUACUGUCCCACCUGCUUCAUACACUUGUAGUGCUUGUUGGCACGAGAAAUUGUUCCAACUAUUCCAAUGAUAUGUUAGACUGUGCUUACAGAA